AACACGGAGAAGAAAGUAUUACGUUUGUGCUCAUACUGUGAGGAGAGACAAGUCAAGAACAGAUACAUUGUAUGAAUGUAUUGAAUGUGAUGUAGGGCUGUGUAUAACGGAUUGUUUUAAAGAUUAUCAUACUCUGAAAGUGUUCUGAAUUAUGUAUUUGGUCAUAUUUUCAAAAAUAAACAUUGAUUUGAAAUUAUAAAUAUUUUUAGUUUUUAAAAAAAAUCCCGGACUCAAAGGGUUAAAUUGAAAAAAUUUUCAUAAGAUAAAAUCAAUUAGAUUGAGAAGAAUAUUCUAUAAGAUAAAAUGAUGGUUUAGUUAUUAUUGACAUAAUAUAUUUCUAUAUUAAAGACAUAAUCGAUUAGUUACUCAUGCUGAUAUAUAUAUCAUCCGAAUAGAUUUUUUCGUUUUUAAAAAAAAAUUAUUUCUAAACGAUGUUUUGAUAUGAUAGAAAAAGUCUUUUUUGUUUUUAAUUAUGUUUAAAAGAUAAUUAAUAUAUCUACAAAUAAAAAUUGAUUAACUAUUGUUUGAUUCAGGCUUUUCAAUUUCAACAAUUCUUAUUCUAAGAAAUGUUCAAGCAGCACUUCUUUAUUAUGGAUUUGCUUAUUUAAUUUAUUCAAUAAUAAUAACAUCAAGUUAUUAUAUUUUUUUUCUAAUUAUUCGAAAAGAAGAACGUUAUCGUUUAUAUCGAAUAUCAUCAUUAAAUGAUUUAUUUAUUAAAUUAAUUCAUCCAUUUGUUGAUCAUAAAUUUCUUAAUAAUAUAAUAAAAAAUUUAAAACAAGAUAUUAUUAAUAACAUCUUAAUCGAUGCUCAUUUAUAUAUAAUAAUAAUAUAUUCUCUUAUAUCAUAUGAAGACCAAGCUAUUCUAUAUAUUAUUUGUUUAUUGGAACUUUUUUUUCCAUCUAUACUUUUUUCAACAAUUCAACAAAUUUCGUUUAAUUAUUUUCAACAAUUAUUUUCAACAAUAAACAAAGAUCGAACUAUUCUUCUAAACAAUCAAUUUAUUCAAGAUAAUCACAUUUUAUCAAAUGAAAGACAAGACAAUCAAUCAUUUUAUCAAUAUAAUCGACAACCAUCAACACCAAACGGUAUUUAUAUCAGAUUUCGAAAGAUUAACAAAUUUUUGACAGAAAAAAAAACUCGAAAGAACUAAACCAAUAAAUAAGAAUUUCAAUAUUCCUCAAUGAAUUUCUAACUUGUUUUGUUUUGCUCAAAAAAAAAGAAAAGAAAACUUUCUCACAUUCUCUGCUUUUACAUUGAACAAUUAUAUGUAGAGUAAUAACAAUAAAAACACCUAUUUACAAAAAAAAAACAUUUGAAAAUAUUUGAUCGAGAACAUCUGAAGAAGUCUUUCAGUAGGAAGAAUUCGAUUUUACUAUUUUAAAUCAUAAUCAACUAUUCAUUAUAUAGCAAAGAGCAUUUUCCUGUUUUUUUUUCUUAAAUACAUGAAAAUAUCUUUUCUUCUUUUCAAUAAAAAAUAGUCUAAAGAAACAACAAAUAACUAUCAAAUAUUAUCUUAGCAAGAAUAUUCAUAAAAUAUAGAGAAAGAACAAAAUGCUUUUCUAUAGUUCAUACCUUUCUAUCGAUAUUCGUUAUUUCUAUUAUUAUAUAUUGAUUUAAUGGAAUUAUUGACAAUUUAUUUUUAUGCAAAACAAUUUCGAUAUUCGGAAUCAAUAUGAGAAAGAUGAUUUUCCUUAGUAAAAUAUAUCUUAUGAAAAAAACCCAGCUCUACUUUCUUUAUUUUAUAUUCUUUCAAAACAAGUGUCUCCUACUUUCACCAUCAAAUAUUUAACAAUAAUAAAUUUAUUUCUCAUCUACUUUAUCAUGUUUAUAUCAUAUGUUAUGAUUAUAUUUCAUAAAAAAAACAACUUUCAAUAUUUGAAUUAUCGAACUAUUGUCGAUAUUCUAAGGUGCGGGAAAUUCGAAACGUUCACGCAUUCUUGAAUUUUUUCGAAACAUACAUCAUUCGAUGAAUGUCUAUCAUUUACCA